AUGUCGAAAGCCAAGACAACGUGCUUGUCGAAAUUUGGCUGCCACUCGAUGCACACGACUGGAAUGGACGUCUUCAAGCCACAGGCGGUGGAGGUUUUGCUGCUGGCCAUCAAGAAGGGAUGGGCAGCAGUCUCUACGGAUGGCGGACACGACCCCGCCAUUGGCAAAUUUUGGGACGCCUCGUGGCUCUCUACGAACACUAAGACACAUGAUGGGCGGAGUGGAAAGAAUGGCAACAGGGACAUUAAUUGGGGUUUGCUCCACAACUUUGCGUCACGCAGUACGAUCGAUCAGAUUCUCAUCGCCAAGAGCAUCACACAUCAGUACUAUGGGUCGAAACCGCAUCACUCUUACUGGAACGGAUGCUCGACUGGAGGAAGACAGGGGUACGCUGUGGCACAGAAGUACCCUGAGCUUCUUGAUGGUAUCCUAGCGACGGCCCCGGCCGCGAGUUUCGUGAAUCUGGUCGUUGGUGAACUGUGGCCACUGGUCGUGAUGAACAAGGCAAAAGUUUACCCGUCCAACUGCGAAUUGGAAUACUUCCGAUACCAAGCUAUAAAAGCUUGCGAGAGUGAGUAUGACCUGAAGACGGGCAUACUCGAAGACCCUCAGGCGUGUGAGUGGACACCAACAAGCCUAGUUGGCGAAGCAUUCGAGUGUGAGGGGCAGCAAGUCACCAUUUCCCAAGAGAUGGCUGGAGUUGUACAAGCUAUUCAUGAUGGACCAGGUAGCACGGUUGCCGACAAGAAAUUUACUGGACUCGCUUGGGGAGUGCCAAUGACGGUUCUUGCAGAUAUAACAACAACCGAAGAUGGCACCCGCUCCGCAAAUCCUUUCAGUAUCUCCGCGAAUUGGCUGCGACAGGUGAUCCUACAGGAUGAAAAUUUCGACUUCUCUACGCUAGAUGAAGACCGCUGGUAUUCACUCUGGGUAUCGGCGUUGUCUGAAUUUGGUGGCAUCCUCAACACUGACGACCCGGAUCUUUCAAAAUUACGCGACUCAGGAACGAAAAUGCUCACCUGGCAUGGAAUCGAUGAUCCGGCGAUUCCAUAUCAGCAUACCAUUGAGUAUAGACGGAAGGUUGAGGCUAUUAUGGGUCGCGAUGUUGAUGACUACUAUCGCUUGUUCCUUGCGCCUGGCGUGUUGCACUGCGGCGGUGGUGUCGGCCCGGUUCCAAAAGACCCUCUAGACUCACUUGUGAGAUGGGUCGAAGACAACGAACAACCUGAAACUCUGGAAGCCGAAAUCGUAGGUGCAGAUGGAGAUCUUAUCACCAGAAAUCUUUGCAUUUAUCCUGCUGUUGCAAGGUAUAUCGGGAUUGGUGACACUAAGCGAGCUUCGACCUGGACCUGCGUUGGCGGCACUGAAAGACCAUCUACAGCCGAGCAAGUCGUAGAGAGCGAGUUUGACUACGGAAGUAUGCACCAAGCUCCAUUGACGGGUGGUGGCCGCAAGAAAGAGCCGGGAUCGCAUGACAAUGACAAGCCGGACAAGAAGUCAGGUCGCGCCGAGGAGAUCUUAGGAGGACUCAAAGAUCGCAUUGAAGGCCUAGGACUUGGCCUACAUGCGCAAUAA